AUGCCUGACGACAAUCCUGAAGAGAGACCACUGGAAGUGGAGCAAGGCGAGAGGGCGAGAAGGAAACGCCGGACCAUCCGUAGCUCCACUACGAGACUGAUCAACCAAAUCGACGUUGAAUUGCGAAAGGAAGCUGCACAGAGGGAUUUCAACCGUGUACGGGAGAUGUUGGCAGUAUUGGCUGUAAAGGAGGAAAGUUUGUGCGAACUUGACAAGAUAGUGGAGGAACACACUCCGCUAGAUGAUGUGGAGGCGGAGACUGAACUCGCAGAAGAUUACAGAGACCGUGUCAUUGAGGUAAAGGCGCGUGCUCACCGAAUGAUCAGCGAGACUAUAGUGUCAGGCCAGGUAGAAAGACUAACCAAGAGCCUAGUGGCGCUAGAGAGCACAUUUGGAUGGGCAGUGCAAGGCCCAAUGGCAGUGUCCAGCAUGACCGAGUCUACAUGCAUGAACAUACUGCUCAGCAACGAUGCACAGAUGGACAAACAACUGCAUGCAUUCUGGGAGAUCGAGUCCUUGGGAAUCACAAGUGAGAAGCCUGAAAGCCCAGAGGACGCAGAAGCAUUGCAGCGGUUUGAGGAAACCUCCAUUCUCAAGGACGGGCGUUACCAAGUGGAGUUGCCAUGGCGACAAGAACAUCCACCACUGCAAGACAACUACCGCAUAGCCAAAAAGAGACUGGAGAGUUUGAAAAGAAAACUAAGCAAAGAUGUCACACUGUACAGCAGAUACAACGAAGUCGUGGAAGACUACCUCAAGCAAGGAAUGGCUGAGGAUGUGCCAAAGGAGCGUGCAUCGCCGCAAGACAGUCAAACCUACUACUUACCCCAUCAUGCUGUACUAAGGGAAGACAAGGCGACAACAAAACUGCGAGUCGUGUUUGAUGCUUCAUCUCACGAAGAGGGAACUCCCUCACUGAACGACUGUCUCUUAACUGGGCCCAAUCUGAAUCCAGAUCUGAUGAGUGUUUUGAUCAAGUUUAGACUGCAUGAAGUCGCUUACAUGGCAGACAUCAAGAAGGCGUUUCUGCAGAUUUCACUCACGGAAAGAGAUCGGGACGCCGUGAGAUUCCUGUGGUUCACAGGUCCACCAACACCGGAGAAAGAGACGAGUCUGCGCAUGCUCAGAAUGACGAGGGUGGUGUUUGGAGCUUCGUCAAGCCCAUUCCUACUCGCAGCUACCAUUAGGAAGCAUCUGAGACAGUACGAAGCAGAACACCCAAAGGUGGUAGAAAUAAUCAGCAGCUCACUGUAUGUCGACGACUUCAUUUCAAGUUCAAGUGAGGUGACAGAGGCCUAUACAGUGACAAAAACGGCCAAGAACAUAAUGUCAGAGGCAGGCAUGGAGCUAUGUAAAUGGAUGACGAACUCUUCUGAGCUCAAAGAAAAAUGGCAGGAGAGCUCCAUGGAUUGCGCUGCUCAUCCAGAACCACACGGCUCCAUUCUGAAAGUGCUAGGCUUAGUGUGGAGACCAGCCACUGAUGACUUCGUGUUCGACCUCAGAGGACUGCUAGAUAUCCUGAAGGAACGAGAAAACACAAAACGAAGUGUUUUACAGUCUUCUGCUCGAAUCUUUGACCCAUUGGGAUUCUUGACACCAUUCACAAUCAGGAUCAAGUGCAUGUUCCAAGAGAUGUGGGAGAGAGGGCUCCAGUGGGACGAGGAGCUGCCACCCGAUCUGACAAAGAAGUGGCAACAGUGGUGUUCAGAGCUCCCUCAACUGCACGAGGUGUCAAUCCCACGGUGGUACAAAACGCACAGCGCACAGCAGAACCAAGAGCUGAAGCUGCAUGUAUUCUGUGAUUCGAGUGAGAGAGCUUAUAGUGCAGUCGCUUACCUCGAAGGAGAAACGAGGGAGGGAGAAGUGACCAUAAGCCUGGUCGCAUCCAAGUCCAGAGUGGCCCCGCUUAAAAGAAUGACCCUGCCACGCCUGGAGCUGAUGGGUGCAGUGAUAGCGGCCAGGUUGGGGGACACACUCAUGAAAGCGCUGCAACUAGACAAGACACAACUCAGACUGUGGACAGAUUCCAUGAUUGUUCUGCACUGGAUCUGCGGCUCUGCCCACAAGUGGAAACAGUUUGUUGCGAACAGAGUCACCGAAAUCCAGACUCUAACCGACCCACAGUCCUGGUCUCACUGCAAGGGGAAACUUAACCCUGCUGACCUUCCCACCAGAGGCCUAACUGUGCAGGACCUGAAGAAGAGCACAUUGUGGUGGAACGGACCGCAUGUUCUAAUGAGAACUGAUCACUCAGAGAGUCCUCAGGAAAAUGUUCAGGAAGAGGAGAUUCAAUCUGAACUCCGAUCCAAAUACCAGAUUGCGGUACAAGCCGUUCAGCAAGAGUCAGACUUCCUAAGUCCUGUCUUAAGCCUAGAGAAGUACAGCAAACUUAAAACAGUGUUCCGAGUGACAGCCUGGAUCAAGAGAUUUAUCACCAACACACGCUCAAGAUCCAAGGUGAGCGGUGAACUGACAGCGGAAGAGCUGAAUGAAGCAGAAAAAUAUUGGACGAAGGUGACACAGAGAGAGAGUUUCAGCUCCGAAAUUGAUCUGCUGAUGGCAGGGAAAUGCCCCAACACUGACUCCAGAAUCCGAGAGUUCAAACCUUUCCUGGACGAAGACGAAUUGCUUUGUGUUGGAGGGCGGCUACAACAUUCGGAUCUCUCCUACAGAGAAAAACACCCCUGGAUUUUGCCCAGCAAGCACGAGUACACAGAGAUGGUGGUGCAAAACCAACAUGAGCAAAUGUGCCAUGCAGGUGUACUAGACAUUUUAGUGCAAACUAGAGAGCGAUACUGGAUACUGAAGGCACGGCAGAUAGUCAGGAAGGUGGUGUCUAGAUGUUGGUUCUGCAGGAAAUUCAAGGCAAGGCCGGGACAACAGACUACUGCACCGUUGCCAAAGGACAGAAUUACGCAAUCCCCACCAUUCGAAGUUACUGGCGUGGACUUCGCCGGACCACUCUAUGUCAAGACCCAGAGCUCAAUGGCGAAAGCUUACAUAGCCCUGUUCACAUGUGCCGUGACCAGAGCGAUCCAUUUAGAGUUGGUGUCGGACAUGUCAACUGAACACGUCGUACUAGCUCUGAAAAGAUUUGUAUUCAGAAGAGGAUUAUGUAAAGUAAUCUAUUCCGAUAACGCAAAGACCUUCAAAAGGGCAGAUCAAGAUCUGAAAGAGCUCUGGCAACGAAUCAAAGAUCCACAGCUACGAGAGUUCUUCUCGGAGAAGGGCAUCACCUGGCGGUUCAUCGCUGAAAGAGCAGCCUGGUGGGGCGGAUUCUGGGAGAGGCUUGUUAGAUCAGUAAAAAUCAUACUCAGAAAGGUGCUUGGCAAAGCUAAACUCCACUUUGAAGAGCUAUGCACCAUGCUGACAGAGGCUGAAGCCAUCAUAAACUCUAGGCCACUCACGUAUGUGUCCAAUGAUGUGGACCAGCCAGAGCCACUGACCCCUGCCCACUUCUUGGUGGGUCAGAGACUGACUUGCUUGCCCCCAAAGUCAUUCCCAGCUGAGAUUAACCAUCCAACAGCCAACAAGGAGGAGAUGACCAAGAGGUGGCGCUACAGACAACGACUCGUGACCAACUUCUGGAAUCGCUGGCAGAAGGAGUAUCUGCUGGACCUGAAGUCAGCCCGUCGCUGCGACACCCCACAGCCUACUUCGCUGAAGGUUGGGGACGUCGCGCUCAUCGGAGAAGACAACGCCCCCAGGCAGAGCUGGAAGCUGGGGAGAAUCGAGGAGCUGUUUCCUGGUCGUGACGGCCUGGUGAGGUCGUGUGCAGUCCGCACCAGCACCGGGACGGUCCUGCGGAGGCCCAUCCAGCUUUUAUAUCCUUUGGAAAUAGUAUAA